AUGCUUGAGAUUGAGUCGCCGACAGCUACAACACACGACGAGACGAGCGCGAUGAGAUUAAGUCCGGAUCAAAAACAACAGUAUUUGAGAUCGUAUUAUGUAGUGACCGAAGCAUUAAUCCACGUCUUUGACCCGUCAGAACUCGAGACUCUCCUCAAUCUAGACGACGACACGGGCUAUUCUCCCUCUCCCAAUCUCUCACCUCUCAAACAAGCUUCAAUCGACCUAGUAAUCGCAAUCGGCGCUCAAUGCGAGUCCCUCUCCGCCGCGCGCACAAUAGGCCAAGCAUAUUUUCGCCGCGCUCGCAGCCAAGCAUUCGUCGGCUUCCUCGAAGAUCCAGACCUCGACAUGGUCCGCACAUUCCUCCUCAUGGCAUUCUUCAUGUUGGGCGAGUGCCGAAGAAACGCAGCGUUUAUGUAUCUCGGAGUCGCUGCAAAAGCUGCUCUCGCUCUGGGUCUGCAUAGCAGAGAGUCUUAUGCUGCGAAACCAGGACCGGAAGAUCAGGCAAAGUUGCGGGUAUGGAUGAGCGUGUGUAUCCUUGAUAAGCUUGUCAAUUCGCUUCUCGGCCGACCAUCCGCUUCUGCCCAGAUCCGAUCGAAUAGCAGUAGUAAAUUGGAUGACGUCGCGCAGAAGGGGGAUAGCAUUACGGAGCAUUUGAUGGCGUCCAACAGAGUCUCCACCAUCAUCAACGAUAUUACAGAUACAUUAUACGAUCAGAAGAAGGUCACGACUGCGAUUGUUGAGCAGUUCUUGCAAGACAUUGAGCGAUGGAAGCGAGAACUUCCUGCUUCCGUCAAGAUACCUUCGGCGGAUCCCAGUCCAGGGACAGUAACGCAACAACACGGAGCUAUCGCCAAGGUUUAUGUGUCGUGUUUGUACUAUCUUGCCGUUAUGCUGGUUUCAAGGCCGUUCUUGGUCUCGGCACUCACUUCCAAGGGUCUUGGAAAGGGAGCGCAUACUCAAUUGGCUGCGGCAUGUCUUGAUGCAGCGAUGUAUCUAUCGCAAACAUGUUCCGAAGCUCUCAAUGCCGGGCUAUUACAAGGAAACAUGUGUAUUAUGAAAGCUCUCGUCUUCGCGUCAGGACUAGUACUCGGUCUUGAGAUAUUCGCCAAAUACCCUGUUGAAUCAGACAUCACCAACGCUUUCGAAGGCGCCAAAGAUGUUCUCAGACAUCUAGCAACCCAAAGUCCACAAGCAGCACAUUAUCUCGACAUUUUGACAAAUCUAUCUGGCGCUAUUGACAAGCGACGAGCAAAUGAAGCAUCUAGCGGAAGAAGUCGCUAUGUCUCAAAGCUGUUUAGUCUGGAUGCACCGCCUGAGACGGCAGGGUCACAGUCUGCUCAGCAGAUGCUAGAUACAAUGUUUCCAUUUACAGAUGGUCAGCCUGGUCAGAUGAUGGAUGAUACGAUGCAGGAUUGGGUGUUUCAGCAGCCUGAUGGUGGUGAUUUUAGCUUGGACUGGGAGACGUUGAACGUGUCGUUAUGGGAUACGUAUCCAUUUUUAUCAUGA